AUGGUCAUGGAGCAUCACUUCCAAGAGCCAGCAGUUGAAAACAACUUGAAUCAAGGUGAAAUUUCCUUAGAUAAGUGGAAAUCUUUAGCAGCAGAUGGGCCUGAAGAUAAGUCUUCUAGUGGUUUAGACUGUAACAUAUGCCUGGAUUUGGUGCGUGAUCCAGUGGUGACAUUCUGUGGUCACCUCUACUGCUGGCCCUGCAUCUACAAAUGGUUGCAUUUCCAGAGUGAACCUUCAGAAGAAUUUAAACACCAUCAGCCUCAAUGCCCUGUGUGCAAAGCUGAACUAUCGGAAGAAAGUGUAAUUCCUCUCUAUGGUCGUGGAUUAACUACCAAACCCUCUGAAGGGAAAGGAGGACAACUAGGUAUAGCCAUCCCUCAAAGGCCGCCUAGCCCAAAAUGCGGGAGUCGCAGCCUCUCAGCACCUCCAACUCCCAUUUCACGUGCUGUGCCUCAACUUCAACAAUUUGGUUACAUGCAACAGCCGCAAUUCCAUCACCAGUAUUCUAGUCCCCGCAACAGCUACAUGACAGCACCCCCGACAUUCAGCCUAGCUGGCACGGGGAACCCUAAUGCAUUUCAUCCGAUGAUUGGGAUGUUGGGAGAAAUGGUUUUGGCUAUGAUGUUUGGACACCAGACUGCGGUAUACUCAUAUCCAAGCUCAUAUCAACUAAUAGGUGGAACCAGUCCGAGGAUUAGAAGGCAAGUGUUGCAGGCUGAUAAAUCUCUUAGCAGAAUCAUUAAUUUCCUAUGCUGUUGUAUGAUCUUGUGUCUCUUGCUGUUCUAA